UGACAACUUGUCAAAAAAAAGCAUCUGUUUCCCAUCCAAAUUAUAGAAUUACAGCCCUACAAUGCGUUCUCCUUUGAGAAUUCCGCUUUUAUGGCGCCCAACGUUUUGGCACUUGAAGAUCGCUCACGGUUACUCAAAGGAUGCCAAUACCCUCAAGCGUUUGGGCGCCAGUCCGCGAAAUGUACGCGAUCACCCCGAAGGAUGUACGCCCCAAACUUUGAACACAACGGCCUUCACUACCCCCGAUUUCAUACACCCAUCCACCUACAGAAUUGUGGAUGAAAAGGAGCAAAUUGGACCCAAGGCAGGAAAAAAGCAAACGUACAAGAAUCCCGAGUACUACAGCUAUUAUCGCUACUCGUACUACGAGCUGAAGACAAUCGUGGAUACCAUUAAAAAGAAGCAAUCAGCUACGAAGUAAUAACAAGACGCACCAAAUUAGAAGCACUGAAAGAAAUUUCUAUAACAAACUAAUAUUAAAUUCACUAGUUGCUAAG